GACGAUUUAUUCAAUGACACAGGUUCACCAUGUCCUAAUGUUGGGGAUAUCCUAGAAACUCUAAUGUAUGACAUGCCAGAGUUCGGUGAAGGUGAGAAGCCUGUCAAAGGAACAUUUUUUAUAGAAUCUAAAGAUAAUACAGUUCAUAGUUCAUUUAUUGAAGAUACACUAUUGCACGAUCUUGAUCCGUCUAACGAACUUGCUUUCGAUUUAUCAGGAUAUCUUUAUACAGAGUCAAAAAAUAUUAAACUAUUAUCCUCAGAUCAAACGAUUGUCAGAAUAAGUGAAGUUGGAUCGACAGUUGGUCUACAUAGUGAUACAUCAAGCUUUGUGACAACGUCCCUGGGUAUGACCGAUCUGCCUAAGUUCGAAGAUUUUACAACUACCACCGCAGACGAAGGGUCUGUGUGGGAUACCCUGACAGUGAAGUCCGAAGACAUAGAACCUGAUUUCGGUAUCGAAGAAAGCUCAUCAACCAGCUUCGGCGACCCCGCCUCUCCUACUGUCUCAUCGUCGUCAACAACCCAGAGCAGCAGCAGUCGCCCAAAACCAUACAGUAGGGGAAAGAGUAAGAAAGUGGUAGUGAAGGGAAGCGAAGAAUAUUCAGAGAAGAGAUCAAGAAAUAACGUUGCGGUAAGAAAAAGCCGCGCAAAGGCCAAAGAGCGACAAAAAACUACUGAAAGUCGAGUACAGGAGUUAUCAACAGAGAACGAUAGACUCCAGAAAAAAAUAGAUCUUUUAACCAAAGAACUCAACGUCCUUAAAGGGCUCUUUGUAAAUGUUGGGGCAGCCUUACCAGAAAGUUUCACCAAAUUAUUCCAGUCGUGAUCUACUCCCCGCGUGUAGUUUUUGUGAUAGAACAUAUAUACUGAAAGUGACAAUCCUGCAUAAUGAUUGUUAUUCGUGGGUUCAUCUUCAUUCUUUAAUGGCAUUAUAUAAUGAGUAUGAGCAUACGAACUAUGAAGGCAAUGAUCUUAAAAACAAAAACAGUUGUGUGUCAAAUUUAACUGGACGAAAACUGACAUUGCUAUGUGGAAAUUCGACACCACCAGAACUCGAUAUUCAUUUAUCACCGUUAUUUGCUCGUCAUCUAGGAAAUCGAUAUUCAUAUAAUUAUUGGAAUAACAACAUAGUGCUUUUAUCCAGAACUGUGCCAAGUGACCCUUGUGGCAGCCAUUGGACAAUUAACCACAAUCACCACAAAUUAUUAGAUAUAUCAUUAUCAUCAUUAUUAUCAUCAUCAUCAUGUUGUUGUAGUGUAUUUAAAAGUAGUUUAUACUUUUAUAGAAAAUUUUCUAUAGCAAUUUUACAACCACUGAAUUGUGUCAAAUAUUGGUGGUUGGAUUUUAAUUACACAUUUUACUUAGAUAUUAGACAUGUUAUUGAUAUAAAAUUUAUAAAAGUACA